CUGCAAUGAAAAUAUCAGCAGAGGAGGAUGCGAGUGGGUGCAGUUUAUUAAUUAGCAACAUUUGACCGAUGGUGGGUGCCUGUGGGGAGAAUGUGGCGUGUGCCGAGUCCCACACCCUCUGGAUCACUCCCAGGACCAUGCGCCUGGGCUGCCCCAUGACCUGCUGUAACCAGGCUGCACGUCCACUAUCUCCCCGCUAACAAGCUUGCACCCCUGUGGCCUUUCAACUCCAGGAAGUCUCCUGCCAUCGGUGAUGUGAUGAAUAAAUUUGAAGUCCUUGGAAUCGUGGGUGAAGGAGCCUACGGUGUCGUCCUGAAGUGUCGACACAAGGACACAAAUGAAAUUGUGGCCAUUAAGAAGUUCAAGGACAGCGAGGAGAAUGAAGAGGUCAAGGAGACGACCCUUCGGGAGCUGAAGAUGCUCCGCACGCUGAAGCAGGAGAACAUCGUGGAGCUGAAGGAGGCCUUCCGCCGACGGGGAAAGCUCUAUCUGGUCUUUGAGUACGUGGAGAAGAACAUGCUGGAGCUGCUGGAGGAGUUUCCGAAUGGCGCUCCCCCAGAGAAAGUGCGGAACUACAUCUACCAGUUAAUCAAAGCAAUCCACUGGUGUCAUAAGAAUGACAUCGUGCACAGAGACAUCAAGCCAGAGAACCUCCUCAUCAGCUCAGAUGACGUGCUCAAGCUGUGUGACUUUGGCUUUGCCCGUAACCUGUCAGAGGGGAAUGAUGCCAACUACACCGAGUAUGUGGCCACCAGAUGGUACCGCUCACCGGAGCUGCUUCUGGGCGCCCCCUAUGGGAAGGCGGUGGACAUGUGGUCGGUGGGCUGCAUCCUGGGCGAGUUGAGCGACGGUCAGCCUCUGUUCCCGGGCGAGAGCGAGAUCGACCAGCUCUACACCAUCCAGAAGGUGCUGGGCCCGCUGCCCCCCGAGCAGAUGAAGCUCUUCUACAACAACCCUCGCUUCCACGGCCUGAGGUUCCCCACAGUAAACCAUCCCCAGACUCUGGAAAGAAGAUAUUUGGGCAUCCUCAAUACCGUCUUGCUGGACCUGAUGAAGAACCUACUGCUGCUGAACCCCAAUGAGCGUUUUCUGACGGAGCAGAGCCUCAACCACCAAGCCUUCCAGAACCAGCGCGUUGGCGAGCGGCCCGGUCCCCUCACGCCCACCCCUGUUCGCUCCUCCAAGAGGAAGCCACACCAUGACAACACUGCCUCCAGCAGAAGUCACGGAUCGAAGAGUUCUGGUCACCACCGCUCCAACAGCCGGGACUGCUCCAGCCUGCCGCGCCACGAGGACUUGCACCCGCCGGGCAGCUCGGAGGCGUUCCUGAACGGCAACGUGCUGCCCUCGGCCCCCUCCACCAGCCUCAGCCCCACACUGCACCCCAAGAGCUACCAGCCGCAGAGUCUCAACCGCUCGGCCUCCUGCGGCAAAGACCUGGCCAUGUCCAACCACAGCAACCUGCCUCACAUGCUCCAAGGCCCCAAGGACCCGGACUUUGACCUUGGCCCGGGCCCCGGCAAGCCUGCUGACGGACCCGGGGCCAAGUACCUCAAGUCCACGGGCUCGCGCUCGCAGAACCGCCACUCGUUUGUGGAGGGCAAGACCGGCACGUUGCAGGGGGACCGCGAAAAGCACGGUCGUCACGGCUACGGGGAAGCGCUGUCCUCUUCGGGCGACAGGAAAUCCUCGUCGUUCCUGAGUUUCUCCAAGAGCCACGGCAUGCUCAGCGACGCCAAGUCCGUCGGCAACCUGAGCGACCCGCGCCUGAUCCCGGACGAGCCCCCACCCAGCCGCUACUUCCCCGCCAGCUGCCUGGACCUGCACCAGGGCCUGACCGCGCCCGGCAGCCCUUCCAUGCGCCACAACGACCGCUCCGGACACAGCCCGGCCGCCGCCUCCACGUCCUCGUCCUCCCGCAAGGGCGAGCGGGAGGGCGGGACGUUAGACUCGUCCUUCCGCCGCUCGUCGUCGCGCCACAAGAGCCAGCAGCAGCAGCAGCAGCAGGAGUUGGACUCCAAAUCCCCCGACGGCCUGGACCCCGGAGGAGGUGGCAGGAGCCACGGUCACUCCCUCUCGGCACCCCACGAGGCUGCAUUCCCCUACGGCCUGGGCUACACCAGCCCUUUCUCCUCCCAGCAGCGGCCCCACCGCCACUCCAUGUACGUGCGGCGCGAGCGAGGCCGGCCCCAUGGCACGGACAGCGGCCUGGCGGUUGGGCAGGGCAUGCCAGUCCGCGCCAGCAGCCUGCAGCUGCUCUCGCCUCAGCUGCAACACCGCACACUGCCCCGCCAUAUGGGCAGCUCCGUCUCCAGAGAGGACCUGGGUGAAGACAUGGGCAGGAGCGAGCCGCCGCUCGCCUCCGACGCACCCCACUCGCGGCCCCUGAUCAGGGACUCCACGCGGGACAACACCACCCCCUCCUUUCACGCCCCGCGCCAGAAGAGCGAGGUGGGCAUGUACCACGAGCAGCACCCCGAGGACACCGGCUCCUCGAAGGAGAACCGCAUGAUCUACAGCGAGUCCAUGCCCCGCAGGGUGGGAAGCUUCUACAGGGUGCCCUCUCCUCGACCCGACAACUCCUUUCAUGACAGCGGGAACCAGAAUCGCGGGUCGGGGUUGACCGGAGGAGACAGCAGCUCCAUGAGCAACCACGCCAAACGCCAGCCUGCCUUUGACCCCUGGACGGGACCGGAGGCUGUCAGCAUGAACGCCCCUGAGCCAUCCAAAGAGAAAGAGAAGCAGGGCUUCUUCAGAGCAAUAAAGAAGAAGAAGAAGAAGUCCCAGACGGCCGACGUCGUAGACGGACGGAGUCCCAUCAUCAAGAAAUGUCUUUUCCCCCUGUUUAACUCAAAGAGUCACUUAAAGCAUAACUCCUCUAUGAAAGUGCUCCCUGUAGUGUCUUCACCGAUGGUCCCGACUGAUGGACCGGAUCCUGUGGUCAUGCAGAAGUCAGUCAGGUCAUCCUCGCACCAAAGCAGCCGUCAUCGGAACCGGACGCGAGACCGCGAUCGGGAUCGCAACCUGGACCAAGAUGAGUGGAACAUUGAGAAGAUGACAGAACCUCCUCCUCAGAAUCAGCCUCUCAGGUCCCUGAGGAAGCUCCUGCAUCUGUCCAGCUCCUCGUCCAACCAGACUGUGCCCUCCGAACUGCGCUUCCAGGCACUGCCCAACCCGCCCUCCUCCAAGAGCGGGGGCUUCGCAGAGGCCCGCAGUGGCCACCAGGGGGGAGGUGGGGGAGGAGGAGGCGUCAGCGUGGGGGUCUCGUCGCAGUCCAAGAGCCGGCAGGCCGUCUACCCGCUCCCGGGGCAGCUGGAGUCCAGCUGGCACGCUUCGGCCCUGGGCCGCGCCGACGGGAACCCCUACCCCGACCAACUGGCCGCCCAGGGAGGCCAGAACGGCCACGGCUUCGGCCGGCCCCCUCGCUCGCGGAUGCCAAACCUCAACGACCUGAAAGAAACAGCUCUUUAAGGGACAGAGCCAUUAUCUUACUCUCCCCACAGUGACCCCUGCUGUCUUGGAUGACCAUGACAGUAUCCUAUAGAUUGCCUCUGAGCCACUGGUGGUAUUGGGAAGCACUCAUGCAGGGAAAUGGUGGGUCUAAUCAAUGUCUUAAUUUUUUUUAAGCUUCCAUAUUUGAUAGAAUUUGUAAUAUUAUUUAUGUAUUAUUCUUAUUAUAAUUUUUGUUAUAAAAAUAAAUAUGAUACAGAUUAUGAAUAUAUGUACAUGGCAAUCUAAGAUGUAUAGUAUAAUUGUGAAAGCUUUAGUUUCUACAUACAUAAUAGAGAGAAAUAUUGCAUUAUCCUGCAUUAUAGUUAUAUAUUUCAUUAAGAGUAUUUAAUGGUAUGUGUAUGCAGUAUUUAAGUUUAUGAGACAUUAUCACCAGAAAUAUACAUACUUUGUGUUCUAGUCUGGCCUGUGCUCACUUCUGGGCAGAUUAAGGCGGUCUGUCUGUAGAUGUCCUCCCCCAGACUGGUCAUCCAAACCGACCAUGCGCUCUCCCUCUUACUGAGAACCCGUUCUUUUGAUUAUGACGCACAGCCACAUGUACUGUGCUGGUUUGAUUUUCUAAAUUUGUGUGUAGGGCAGCCAUUAAUGAGAACAUAUCAAGGUCAUCCUCUGCGUUUUCUACCUGAUGUUCCAGUGAUGCAGGAGUGGUGCUGUUGCAUUCUAGAGCCACCCUUUGGCCAAAAAUUGUAAUUGCAAGAUAAAGUAUCAUCCUCCCAUUGUUGAGAGAUAUUUUAGUCCGUAAUACCAUUCGAAUGUGUCCCUAGUCAUCACUGUGGUUUCAUUUGUCUUACGUCCACACGUCAUAGAUAUGUAAGAUACAGAGAUAUAUUAUUGUAUUUUUAAGAUGAUAAGAGCUAUGAAUUAUACGUGCUAAUAAGAUUAUCUGUAUAAUGGAUCCAAGUUAUUAUUCUGUUGUAAAGCAAUCAGAUGGUAUUUAAACAUAUGACAAAAAGUAUGAGAAUAUUAACAAAUUUAUAGCUAGGCAAUUUGUAAAUUCUAUCAACCUUAAAAUUGUAAAGGGCGCUGCUACAGAGAUAGAUGCUCAUAAUUUGUGUUUAUUUUGUAAUAUCUUAGACAUCUGGGAUGGCAUUCCCCAAAUUUAGAGUACCGUAACACAUUUGAUCACAAGAGCUCGCUUUUUUCUGUACUAGUCCCACUUAGUUUAUUUGAGACCAGCAGAAUGCCUACCAGUUACCAACAGUGAUGGUCACAACAGAUCCCUUAGGCAGGGCUUUUUCUUACGUCUCUGGUCAGGUUUACAGCAGCUCAUGCUGAGAGGAAGUUAGGUACAGCAGUUAUCCCACCAGCGUGCUAAAGCCUUUAGCAUCAUAUCAGUCUGUGGCCGAGGGCAUCCGCAGUCAGAUGGAAGGACUCUGCACCUGGAAUGGAGUUAUCCCAAUGGUUAAGUUCUAAAAACAAACAAACAAACAAACAAACAAACAAGCAAAACAAAGGCUACACAGUGUAGCCUGGCAAAAACAACAAAUCUCACUUUGUGAUCCUUAAUAGUGCACUUUACAUGAACAUGCUCAGAUAAUGGACUUUUCCAUCCCUCCCAGUCUGUGGUCAGAGCUCAGCUGAGUGUGUGAUGAUUAUCUAUCAAAAAAGGGUGUUUGGGGGUUUGGUGUGUGUGUGUGUGGGGAGGGGGGGUCUCUCAUAGCCAGAUCCCAUGGCUAUCUGCAAUCAAACUUUUGUAUUGUAUUUUUUUGUCUGGUAUAGAACAUAAUCAGUAUACAUAUAGUAUAUCCCAGAUCAACUUCAAAAAAAUGUGAUGACAGUACAUACUGCAAAACCACCCGUCACUGACUUUACGUAAUGGAAUGAAUGUUUUAUUUGGGAUUUUAAAACAUGUAUUAUAUUAAUACCAAUGUGAGAACAUGUAUUUGGUAAUAUUUAUAAAAAUGAUUUAUCCACAAUGAAAUGAAAACAGGUAUUGAAACCUUUGUUGUUUUAUUAUAUGAAGACACAGACAUGACCUAGUAGCAUACCGGUAGAUUUUUAACGUACAGUAUGGUCUGUUGCAACAGUUCCCUUGUUUUCAUUGGUAUAUUAUCAGCAACCUGGCUAUACAGCAAUGUUUAUAUUUACAUCUGUUACUGACAGUGACUCUCAAUAAAACCUGCAAUAUAUAGUACUGACCCAGA